CGACCGCAAUGAAAGAAUAGAAGAAUUAGAUAUGACUUUACUUGGAACGCCUAUCAAGAUCCACGUCCUAGUGUGAGCCUACAGCCCUUGCCCUUCUCAGCCCAGACCUCGACUUUAUGUAGCAAAUGGUUGUCUUGGAUAGUGUCACCCGUGUCUCAUUAUUGUUCCUUCCCCUUCUGAGGAUACUUGAAUCCAACUCUCCUACUGCCACCAUGUGCCAUCAAUCCGUUGUGAAUAAACUCGACAUUUUCCCCGUAUUACUUAGUAUUCCACCCGAUAAGCCGGAUCCGAUGGUAGCGACUCGAGAUGCGAUAAGGCUGGAUAUUCUAUUCUCUCUAGGUUUGGCUGACCCAGGCGAUCGCCGCUUGGGGGGAUGCCUUGGUUAGAUCUGCUUCGCUUAGCUGGAUAGUUAAGAUCUUUUGGUAAGCAUUGAAGGUGUUCGGAUUACUUUGUUUUACCUAGUCGUAUGCUCAAAUCCAGAGGCGUGCUAAUAACCUUGGGGGAGACGUGGUAGGGCUAGGAACGAUUAGUGCGUGUAGGGUGGAGGAAGGCAAGGCUUCAACAUCUGAUGAUGUUAGCAGCUCCUUCUUGCCGAACAUAGGUUUGAAGUGGGUUUUUUGAGGUUACGAUAGUUGAUAGAAGCGACAAACAACUGUAGUGUGCGAUUCAAACAAACAAUAGAACAGAGUGUACUGAUGGUUGGAAGGCUUCAAGGCAGCGACAUUGGUGGAUACUGCAGUGGCAGCGUUACUGUAUACAUGCAUAGGCU